AUGCCGCUCCUCAGUGCGUUCUGCCUCCUCGCCGUGCUGAGGCUCAUCGGCUGCACGCACGCGCACGUGGAGCCGGGGCUGGAACACGCCAUGUCCUUGUCUCGGGCAUGGGAAGCCGCCUACGGCCUCCAGGGCGCCUCGCCCACCCCUCCUGCCGCCGUCGCGCUGCCACCCAACGUGCCGCCCGCGCCGCACCUGGAGGCGUGCAGUGCGCGCUCCGCAUGGCGCCGCGCGGUGGAGAGGAGGGGCGCGCAGGGGGAGGCGCCGGGGUGGGCGUGGGGGGCACACCCGCAGCCACCUUGGGCAGCAUGCCACAUGGUGCGGGUUGGCAUGCCACAUGGUGCGGGUUGGCAUGCCACAUGGUGCGGGUUGGCACGCCACAUGGUGCGGUUGGCAUGCCACAUGGUGCGGGUUGGCAUGCCACAUGAUGCAAGCAACCUGGGGCGAACGCGAGAGGCACAGAGGGACAUCUGGCAGCACCAGCUCCCGGCGGGCGACUGCAGCACGCAGAGGCUGCUGGUGAUAGACUGGCCGGCGUCACAGCAUGGGCUGGGGUCGCAGCUGCACAUCAUGAGCGCCGCUCUCAGCCUCGCCAUGCAGCACUCCCGCGUACUCGUGCCCACCGCCUCCUUUGAUCGGGCCAACCACGCCGACCACACACAGAUCGCUGUGGAUGUUGCUGUGGCUCUUGCUCCUCCCACGGCUCUCCUCUCUAUUCCCCUCCACUCCUGGCUCCCCCUUUUCAUCGCUCCCCCCACGGGCGCCCUAGCGUCCUUCCACUGCUACUUCUUCCCGCUCGUCUCACCACACUGUGAGAGGGCAGCAGCAGACGCAGCAGCAGCAGGGCAGGUGGGCGAGUGUGCGUCGCACGAGGCGCCAGCGAGGGACAGCAUGCUGGCGAGUGAGAGGCGCGUGGUGUGCUUCCAUGGGGAGCCGUACAGCGCUCUGUGGCUCGAGGCUGCAGUGGCCAAGCGGUGGUGGGGUGCGUGGUAUGAGCGGCCCAACACAGUGGAGGUGAAGGGCAAGAUGGCAGAAGAGGCUGACGUCAUGCCACAUUGCACCGCAGCAUGGCAUCGCCUGGUAGUGCACCGCAGCAUGGCAUCGCCUGGUAGUGCACCGCAGCUGCUGUCGUACGUGCUUAGAGCGCAGGUGCACAGGACAUUUCGUAGUCUCUCCUGCCUAGUCCACACUCUCCUCACGCCCUUCUUCCCACCUCCGCAUGCCUCUCUCACGCCCCUCUUUCCAUCUCCCCACGCCUCCCUCUCGCUCUGCCAGCCCGGGCAGCAGGCUUGCACUCUCGAGGCCACUGCAUGGGCUCGCCAGGGGCUGGGCCAAUGUGCUCCCACCCGCACUGCCUGUAGCGCUGCUGGCGCUGGCUCCAGUCCUGGUAGCAGCAGCAGCAGCAGCAGCAGAAGCAGCAGCAGCAGCAGCAGCAGCAGCAGCAGAAGUGGUGGUGGUGAUGGCAGCAGAAGCGACAGUGGCAGCAGCUCGCAGCCAGCAGAGCAGGCGGUAGAUGGGGCGGGUGAGGGGGAGGCAUGGGGCAGCGAGUGGGGCGAGGAGGGGGCGUGGGAGGCGUACCUGCCGCGGCCGAUAGUGAGCAUGCAUGUGCGGCAGAGCGACAAGGGCGGGGAGAUGGCACUGCACUCGCUGGCCGCCCACAUGUGGAUGGCCUACCGCCUGCGCCUCGCGCUGCCCCACCUGCGCCACAUCUGGCUCUCCUCCGAAAUGCAGACGGUGAUAGACGAGGCGGCGCAGUAUCGCGACUGGACCUUCCUGCACUCCAGCAACGCGCGCACCAACGUGUCGGUGCCGCACUGGGACGUGGAGGAGGCAGCCGGGCGCCACGUGGUGGUGGGCAGCAGCCUGGCAGAGCUGCUCACAGCAGCGCAGUGUGACUUCUUCAUUGGGGCGAUGGGGUCCAACUGGGUGAGGAUGAUCAAUGAACUGCGCUCCACCAAUGGCCGCCUGCUGCAUGGAUUCAUUGCCCUCAACAUACAAGAGUUUUGA